AUGCAUUGUACCUAAUCAUGAGAACCCGAUCCUCGGCGCCAGCGCCCACACAAAUUAUCAGCGUCUCAGCAGCACAUUCGACGACUGCUCAACCCCAAAAGCAACCAAAAACCCUUGUCCUUCCCACCGGUGCAUGCGAAGACGCCCGGUUUGUGCUUCUUGAAGAUCCGAGAACAGGCGCUAAAAGUCGCUACUACUUCUGUCCGAAACUUGGCCUCUUUGAAUUUACUUUGAUCGCACCACCAGCAUCAACUCCUAGAAGCAUUCUGUUCGUUCAACACCCGCCAGGGGCAGAAACGGAGACCAAUGGCAGCUCAGAGGGGAUAAAGCCAUCUAGGCAGCCCCAGAAUGAGUUGCAAAGCGCCGAAAAAUGUUCAGCUACACAAGAAAAUGGAUUUACAUCCAGAGUAGCAGAGCUCCUCGUUGCUACACCCAUAGACGUAAUGUUCUUCCUUCUGCCUAUCCUCGCUCCAUCGCCGAAUUCGAAGUCGUCGCGGCGAUUUUUCCAGCCUCUAGACGAUGUGCUUGAUGCCCGAGAAGACUUGUCAAAACACCUUCGAAAUAUCUUGCUGGACAAGAGAUUUAGACCACAAGUUGAACAUAGAAUGAGCGCGAUAUGUGAUAUGGUUGAGGCAGGAGAACCAAUGUUCCGAAUUAGCGAAGACAAGUUGGUCACAGAACUGUUGUCCAAGGCGGAAAGAAUAGCAAGAAGUGGACUGCCACCUAGCAUGGAGGAGCGAUUCGUUCGGCGGGCCUUGGAGCUCCCAAUUUUGAGUAUCAGCAAAGAGAGGACUUCAGUGACCACUGCAGCUGAAGAGGUAACUGAAAGCAAAGAGAAUUCAUCACAAAACGGCAUGGAGUCCCAAGUGUCAGUGAACACUACUGCAUCGUCAACGACGGCGACUACAGAUGUAGUGUCGUCCGCUUCAAUAUCAAGUACAUCGACACCACCUACAGAAUUGAGCCAAACACCUCUCCAAAACGACAAUGCAUCCCCUAGCACCGACUUAAUCCAACUCCUUCGCAUUCGUACAGCACUGCAAUACAUCCAAUCAUCUUAUCUACCUCCCCAUCUCUCCGCCAAAGUCGACGAAAUACUCGCCUCUCCAUCCAGCCCUAAAGACUUCACCACCCUUACAGAACACCUAAAAUAUAUUGCGAAAGUCCGCGCAGAGGAAGCAGCGUCACGCUCUCUGUACGACAACGUAAGUCGCAAACGUGGCCUGAACGACGAGGAGGCAGAAGCUGCGGCGGAAAAGAGACGGAAGCAAGACGAAGAAGAGAAGAAGAAGAAAGCCAAAGAGUCACGAGGAGUGCGGGAGUUGAAAAAAGUGAAUACAUCCGGGAUGAAGAAAUUGAGUGCUUUUUUUGGAAAGAAAUCUUGAUCGGCAAGUUUGCGUCGACGCCCGGCUUUGGGGGAUGCGUUCGGUGCUAUUUAGAUGGGCUAUACUCCGCAUAGCAUGUUGGCUAUAUAUAACCUCUGCGAUGGAUUCUUCCCAAGAGACUGAAAGAAAAUUGAUUUUUUUGAGGUCAGAUGAGGGUGAGGGUAGCGACUGUUGGAAUGUUUUAUUCCAUCUGGCUACUUCCAGGCAGGCGGCUUCAAGGGACAACAGAUUCCCCAGGUCGUAAUUUUUAUCUAUUAGUAUCAGUGUCUGUGGCCUU